GUGUAGGAGUAGCCCGUGAACGAGAGCGAAAAUGGCGUCUCCGAAAACUGUUCCGAAAGAUGCACAGGUUAUGAUGCAGAUUUUGAAGGACAUGGGAAUCACGGAGUAUGAGCCGAGGGUCAUCAAUCAGAUGCUGGAGUUCAUGUACAGAUACGUCACAACCAUCAUCGAAGAUGCCAAAAUAUACGCCACACACGCUAAGAAGUCCAACGUGGACGCUGACGACAUCCGGUUAGCCAUCCAGUGUCGAAUGGAUCAGUCCUUUACGUCACCGCCGCCGCGAGACUUUCUGCUCGAGGUCGCCAGGCAGAAGAAUCAAACCCCGCUGCCCCUGAUUAAGCCGUACGCAGGUCCUCGUCUUCCACCGGACCGCUACUGCUUAACUGCCCCGAACUACAGGCUCAAGUCUCUGCAGAAAAAGGUGACUUCCUCGGCGGGGAGAAUAACGGUGCCGCGCCUCAGCGUGGGGGCCGUGUCCAGUCGACCAAGCACACCGACUCUCGCUACACCGUCAGUGCAGACGAUGGGCUCGAAAGUGGGAACUCCGGUGUCGAUAACAGGUCAGCGCUUCACGGUUCAGAUCCCGUCCUCUCAAGCAACAUCUGCUAAGUCAGCCACCCCGACCACUCCAGGCACGGUCCAGAACGUCCUCAUCAAUCCCUCUCUCAUCGGUUCCAAGAACAUCCUCAUCACAACCAACAUGGUGUCUCAGAACUCAUCCAGCGACUCUGGCUCGCUCAAAAGAAAGCACGAAGACGACGAUGAUUACGACGCCUCAUGACCCUGUACAGAUAUAAAUAAUACUUGUGGAUCCUUGGCACCAGACCGGCUUGUAAAUACGCGCUAAUUUUUCCUUCAGUCUCGCAGCUACGCCAUCCUUUUGAUUAGACCAGUAACGUUAGCUUCUUGCUCUGUGUUUGCAAAAAAUUUUUUGUAAGUAAAAAAAAAAAAAGGUAACUGAGUACAAAUUAACAUGGUUUUAUGAUGGAUAGAAGAAACAGCAGCAUAGUUUUACAUUGAAAUAUAAUGAUGAAAGUAUUACAUGAAAGGAAGUGACCAGUAGGGAGUGACAAACUUCAAUCUUUCUUUUUGUUUGGAAAUGCUUUACUUGUAUUAUCAGUAUCUAGUGACAAAAACCUGUCCCUAAUCUUACUGGUCAUGAUGUGGUUUAAAAGCUUGUUUUCAAAAAAAGCCCAAUGUCAUUGUAUAACUUUAAAAUUUCCUAAGCAAUAAAAAAUAAUUUGUCUCUUUA